GUUUGUUUGGAGACUUCACGGAGUGUUUGACACGUGUCACAUCAGCUGCAAUGACUAACGAAGACUGAUGGCCGUGUUGCGUUCAGGUGCAGAGCUCUCUGUCCCGGUCCCCUGGGGUCAGAUCAGGGGGAAGGUCUGGGGUCCUGAUCACGGUCGUCCUGUGCUGUGUGUGCACGGCUGGGCUGAUAACUGUGGUGCAUUCAAGGCCCUCAUUCCCCUGCUGCCCAAAGAGUUCAGGUUCGUGGCGUUGGACCUGCCGGGUCACGGCCUGUCGUCACAUCGUCCUCCCGGAGUUUUCUACUCUUUCCCGGCGUACGUGGCGGAUGUUCGCCGAGUCGUUGACGCUCUGCAGCUGAGGAGGUUUUCCAUCAUCGGUCACAGUAUGGGUGGUGAGAUCGCUGCAUUAUUCACCGCUCUCUAUCCUGACAUGGUGGACGCUCUCGUACUUCUGGACUCUUUCGGGUUUCUACCUACAGAUACAGAAGAAGUAUCCAGACUGAUGAGGCAGGGCAUGGACGAGAUGCUUCAGUUUGAAAAGAAGACGGAGGAGAAGAGAAGAGUUUACAGUUAUGAGACGGCAGUUCAGAGGCUGUCGGCUGCUAACCCGACUCUGUCUGAACGGUCUGUUCACGUCCUUUCAGAACGAGGUCUGCUUCAGACCGAAGGAGGAUUCGUGUUCUCCAGAGACCUGCGAGUUAAUUUUAAAAACAUCGUGCGCCUCAGUUUGGAGCAGAGUCUGGACCUGCAGUCGAGGAUUCAAGCGUCUGUUUUAAUCAUUCUAGCAGCAGGCGGCUCUGAUCGAAUGCUUUCUGAACCAGCUCAGAACAAAUUCACCUCGACACUUCGUCAGUGUUUGCAGGAUAAAAAGUACACGGUGGUGACCGUGCCGGGCGAUCAUCACGUUCAUCUGAAUGAUCCUGAAGCCGUCGCUCCGUUUGUGUCAAACUUCCUGCGAACCAAAGUUCUCUCACGUCCAACCGGAGAACACAAGUUAUAACUGAAGACACACACUUCCAUUUCCCAUGAAGAUCUUAAUGUGGCGUUAGGCGCUGAGGGACCGAGAACAAGUUUGAUGCGUGGGAUUCAUUACAAGACGUUAAGAACAAGUUCUUAUUUACAGUGAUCAGCUGUCGUUGAGUCUUUAACAGAGUGAUGAUCUUUGCUCGGCUUCAUAGAGCCGAUCGUGUUUCAAAC